UCCACAUUGUCUCCAUGGCCAAGAAUAAUCUCACCACAGUAACUGAAUUCAUUCUCGUGGGCUUUACAGACCACCCCAAAUUGGAGAUUCCCCUCUUCCUGGUGUUCAUGAGUUUCUACCUAGUCACCCUUCUUGGGAAUGUGGGGAUGAUUAUUUUAAUCCAAGUAGAUGUCAAACUCCACACCCCAAUGUACUUCUUCCUGAGCCACCUCUCCCUGCUGGAUGCCUGUUACACCUCAGUCAUCACCCCUCAGGUCCUAGCCACAUUGGCCACAGGCAAAAUGGCCAUCUCCUAUGGCCGCUGUGCUGCCCAGUUCUUUUUGUUCACCAUCUGUGCAGGUACAGAGUGCUUCCUGCUGGCAGUGAUGGCCUAUGACCGUUGUGUUGCCAUUCGCAACCCACUGCUCUAUACCGUGGCCAUGAGUCCCAGACUCUGCUGGAGCCUGGUGGUAGGAGCUUAUGUCUGUGGGGUGUCAGGGGCCAUCCUGCGUACCACGUGCACCUUCACCCUCUCCUUCUGUGAUGACAAUAAAAUCAACUUCUUCUUCUGUGACCUACCACCCCUGCUGAAGCUUGCCUGCAGUGACACAGCAAACAUAGAGAUUGUCAUCAUCUUCUUUGGCAAUUUUGUGAUUUUGGCCAAUGCCUCGAUCAUCCUGAUUUCCUAUCUGCUCAUCCUCAAGACCAUUUUGAAAGUGAAGUCUUCAGGUGGCGGAGUCAAGAGUUUCUCCACGUGUGCCUCCCACAUCACUGCUGUGGCCCUUUUCUUUGGGACCCUUAUCUUCAUGUAUCUGCGAAGUGGCUCGGGCAAAUCCCUGGAGGAAGACAAGGUCGUGUCUGUCUUUUACACAGUGAUCAUCCCCAUGCUGAACCCUCUGAUCUACAGCUUAAGAAACAAGGAUGUAAAAGACACCUUCAGAAAGGUCACUAGGAGACUCCAGGUGUCCCUGAGUAUGUAGAUCUGAGUGAGAGGAGUUCUUGUUUUAGUCCACUUUCUUCCCAUAUCAACAUAUCCUAAUAGGCACCAUUAUUAAAUGCAACUUAUACCCACAAAUAGAGGGCAGAUAGAAGGUAGGUACCACCAGACACACAGGAAAAACUACAAUUGUGGUGAAAUUAGUUUCCAGCAAUUCCAUGUUCUUUCUUCCUAUCCCCUUCUUCCACUUUCAAUCCAUUCCUUAGCACUCAGCAGUCUCUUGCUAUUCUCUAAUGUCACAACUUAUAGAAUCUCAGGUCCCAGGAGUCUUGAGUUUAUUUCAUUCCACCCCAAUACUCUCUGCAUUCAGGCCUUGGCUUGCCAUCAUUUCCCUCUUGUUUUUGCUCCCAUCAAUCCCACCUUUUCCUCUGUGUCAAAGACUGUAUCUGGGGAGCUCUGUGAAUUGUACAA